AUGCCCAGUUCCCUCUCCCAUCACUCCCAGUAUGCCCAGUUCCCGCUCUCAUCACUCCCCCCCCCGGCCGCCGCUCUCGCUGCCCUUCACCGGAAGUGUCCCAGCUGCCGGAAGUGCCGCUCGGGCCGUUCCUCUAUGGUUCGUUCCUCCCCCUCCGGGCGGCGCUGUCACAUGACCGAAACCCACGCGGCGUCACGUGAUCGGAACGCCCAGCUGCUGCGGCAGAACCAGCGCGCUCUCGCCCGCGCCGUGCGCGAACUGGACCGGGAGCGGCAGAAACUGGAGCAGCAGGAGAAGAAAAUCAUCGUGGACAUCAAGAAAAUGGCCAAGCAGGGCCAGAUGGACGCGGUGCGGGUGAUGGCCAAGGACCUGGUCCGCACGCGGCGCUACGUGCGCAAGUUCAUCGCCAUGAGAGCCAACGUGCAGGGGGUGGCGCUGAGGGUGCAGACCCUGAAAUCCAACAGCGCCAUGGCCAGCGCCAUGAGGGGGGUCACCCGGGCCAUGGCCACCAUGAACCGGCAGCUGAAGCUGCCGCAGAUCCAGCGCAUCCUGCUCGAGUUCCAGAAACAAUCUGAGCUCAUGGACAUGAAGGAGGAGCUGAUGAACGACGCCAUCGACGACGCGCUGGGGGACGAGGACGACGAGGACGAGAGUGACGCCGUGGUGUCCCAGGUGCUGGACGAGCUGGGGCUGAACCUGACGGACGAGCUGGCCAGUGAGUGGGGGAGG